AUGCUAACGUCCGCCCUCGAUCCCUCUCUCCCAGACCAAACAGGACGGGGCCCUCCCUCACCGCGUUCGCCCUCGCCAACAGAGUUCCGAUGCCCCCCUGCUUCUGCCGCUCUACUUGAUCUUGAUCACCGUCCAGUCGCGGCCAGUUCCAGCUCUCUCGACACGCAUCCUCACGCACAAGCCCCCCUUGACCACGUUUCGUUGCCUCGCCCCUUUCAGGAACAAGAAUACCACAGCGCCUACUGUGACGCCCACGCGACCGACCGACAAGUGGAACCCGCUCCUCUCACACCUGCUCCAGCAACCCGCACGGGGCACGGUCGAGGCUCAUCGCUCACCAGCUUUCUUCCUGCUAGCAUCAGGGCGAGGCUGCAGUCACCACCGAAGCCAUCCGAGAACCACCCGCCUGUAGACGAUCAAGACAUGGGUUUCACCGGCGAAGGAAGGAAGACCUUCAGGCAGUCUGCCCCCCUAGGCUAUCCCACACCUCAGGCAGCCCACAAAGACCCCGAUGAUUACCCAUCCCCAGAGACUACUCCCAAGAGGCUCGUGAGGAGCCAGACCGCUGGUCCCACGGACAACGCUCCCAAGAACGCCAUGGCGGCUGCUCCAGCCCCAGCACCGGCUCCCGCCAAGAUGUCUCUGCUCUCCAUGUUCUCGUCGAGGAAUGCGCCUGUCGUGGUCACGCAGGCCGAGCACGAAGAGCUGCUGAAUAUGAAGGUGGACGAGGCGCUCUUCCCGGCCGGCUCCCCGACCAGCAAGGACACGUUCUCGCCCGCGGCGUACAAGAACCUGCAACAGCAGGCUUCGGGCCUUUUGACCAAGAUGCAGAAUGCUUACCGUCAAAAGGCGCAGGCGCUCUCUGAGCUCGAGAGGGAGAGGGAGGCCGACAGGGACGAGCUGGAGGAGGCCGAGACGCGGGCCACGCACCUCAAGCUGCAGCUCGAGGACAUGGCGCACAAGGCGGUGGAGCAGGAGCGCCACAUGAAGCAGCUGAUGGAGGAGCUCGCCGCGGAGCGCCGCGCCAGGGCCGACGACCAGUCCAUGCUCAAGAGGCUCCCGACGGGUCUGCAGUCCGAGGCGGGCAGCACGAUAUCGGAGGACCUGGGCGUUGACGACGCCGACGACAUGCAGAAGCGCAAGUGGCGCAAGAGCAACGGCACCGACGUCAGCUUUGAGACAGAUGACGACAGUAUCAGUUUUGGGGAGGGCGAGAGCGUCUUCUCGCGCCCGCGCAGCCCCUCGGCCUCCACCUUUACCACCACCCGCGGCGGCGCCGACACGGCCAGUGUGGUCGACAUGCCGCUGCCCACGCCCACCUCCACCCGCUUCGGCGGUGGCGGCAACGUGAGGUCGUCGGUGGCGUCGUCCAACCGCAAGAGCACCGCCUCGCAGUUGAGCACGUUCCAGAAGCUGAUGAAGGGCAUCUCGGGCGAUGACGGCUGCAAGAACUGCAAGGGCCAGGACGCGAGCGUCGCCUGGGACACGGUCGGCCAGCUGCGGGACGAGAACAAGCACCUCAAGUCGCGGGUCGGCGAGCUGGAGGACUGCCUCGAGGGUGCGCUGGAUGCGGUCAACGGCAUCGUCUUAUGA